CAUGGCAUUCCGGAGGACUGAGGGGAUGUCCAUGAUCCAGGCCCUGGCCAUGACAGUGGCCGAGAUCCCUGUGUUCCUGUACACAACAUUUGGGCAGUCUGCAUUCUCACAGCUGCGGUUGACGCCCGGCCUGCGGAAGGUCCUCUUUGCCACGGCCCUAGGGACCGUGGCCUUGGCCCUGGCUGCCCACCAGCUGAAAAGGCGACGGAGGAGGAAGAAACAGGUCGGCCCUGAGGUGGGAGGCGAGCAGCUGGGCACGGUGCCCCUCCCCAUCCUCAUGGCCAGGAAGGUCCCGUCGGUGAAGAAAGGCUACACCAGCCGGAGGGUACAGAGCCCCGGGAGCAAGAGCAAUGACACCCUCAGCGGCAUUUCCUCCAUUGAGCCCAGCAAGCACUCAGGCUCCUCCCACAGCUUGGCCUCGAUGGUGGCAGUGAACUCAUCCAGCCCCAUGGCUGCAUGCUCUGGACCAUGGGAUGCUAGGGGGAUGGAGGAGUCUGUGGCCACCAGCGACAGCAAUGCCGAAAGCCUCUACAUGCAAGGCAUGGAGCUCUUCGAGGAGGCUCUGCAGAAGUGGGAGCAGGCACUGAGUGUGGGCCAGAAGGGGGACAGCAGCAGCACCCCCACACUGGGGGAUGGCCUCCGGAACCCGGAGACGACAUCAGAGCUAUCCUCAUUGGAGCCUGAGUCACAGCGAAGGGAGUUUGCAGAGAAACUGGAGUCGCUGCUGCACCGUGCCUACCACCUGCAGGAGGAAUUUGGCUCCACCUUCCCCUCGGACAGCAUGCUGUUGGACCUUGAGAGGACCCUCAUGCUGCCCCUCGCUGAGGGCUCGCUGCGUCUACGUGCCGACGACGAGGACAGCCUGACCUCGGAGGAUUCCUUCUUCUCCGCCACAGAGCUCUUCGAGUGUCUGCAGGUUGGAGAUUACCCAAUCCCACUCUCCAGGCCUGCUGCCGCCUACGAGGAGGCCCUGCAGCUGGUGAAGGAGGGGAAAGUGCUGUGCCGGACCCUCCGGACAGAGCUGCUGGGCUGCUACAGUGACCAGGACUUUCUGGCUAAGCUGCAUUGUGUGCGGCAGGCCUUCGAGGGGCUUCUGGAAAACAAGAAUCACCAGCUGUUCUUCGGGGAGGUUGGCCGGCAGAUGGUGACAGGCCUGAUGACCAAGGCUGAGAAGAGCCCCAAAGGGUUCCUGGAGAGCUACGAGGAGAUGCUGAGCUACGCCCUGCGGCCUGAGACCUGGGUCACCACACGACUGGAGCUGGAGGGCCGCGGGGUGGUAUGCAUGAGCUUCUUCGACAUCGUGCUUGACUUCAUCCUCAUGGACGCCUUUGAGGACCUGGAGAAUCCCCCAUCCUCAGUGCUGGCUGUGCUGAGGAACCGCUGGUUGUCAGACAGCUUCAAGGAGACGGCCUUGGCCACGGCCUGCUGGUCAGUCUUGAAAGCCAAGAGAAGGCUGCUGAUGGUGCCUGAUGGCUUCAUCUCCCAUUUCUACUCCGUAUCGGAGCAUGUGAGCCCCGUCCUCGCCUUUGGCUUCCUUGGCCCCAAGCCCCAGCUCGCUGAAGUCUGCGCUUUCUUUAAGCACCAGAUCGUGCAGUACCUGAGGGACAUGUUUGACCUGGACAAUGUGCGCUACACGUCGGUGCCAGCCCUCACGGACGACAUCCUGCAGCUGUCCCGGCGCCGCAGCGAGAUCCUGCUGGGCUACCUGGGGGCACCGGCAGCCAGCAGCAUUGGCCUGAAUGGGGUGCUGCCCCAGGAAAACGGGCCCCUAGAGGAGCUGCAGUAGUGGUGGGCACAGGCUGGCGGGAGGGGUGGCUGCCUGGGCCUUGUUCGCAGUGACGGCAGAGAGAAGGCUGCCUCCUCCCUUCCUUUGGGUUGGCAUCCAAGUGCCAUGUGGCCAAGGGCAAUCACCCCUGACCUUGCCCCAACCCCAGUCAUCUGGGAAUCCCCAAGGGGAUUUCUGUGGAGAAAGAUGGAGCCCCUCGGGGCCCACCUGACUGCCCUCACCAGUCCCCAGGGAAGCAGAGGUCGGGGCCAGUGGUCAGCAGGGCCUGAGGGAGAAGGUGGUGGUGAAAGAGAGAGGAAGGUGUUGAGAAUUGGGAAAGGCAGAGCUGAGAUGCCCUGGUUGUGGGAACCCAAGACCUGUUGCCCCAGGGCUGCUGACGGGGGGCUAGGAGGAUGGAGGUGAAGAAUGGAGGUAGGCAAGGCCCCAGUGAAGCUCACAGUGUCCAGAGCUAGAAGCAGACGACAGCUGCAUGGUCUCAGAACCGAGGCAUCCAGCUGGCCGUCCUGAUGGCCCCCCAGCCUGGCCACUACCAUAGAGAGUUUGCAACUCCAGAGAGGGAGAGUGGGGGGCACCUUGGGAGGUGGCAGGCCUGGCCAUCCAGAGGUGGGCCUUCUCUCCCUAUACUCACUUCUGGGCAGGGACUGGGCCCCUGACAAAUCGAAACACCCACUGGGACAUGUCCUCUGACAUUCCCUUGCCCUGCCAAAGACUGUCAUUUUCCUCCCACCUCUGCCGCCACCAAAGACAGGAGGAGGGGCUGGGUGUCCUGCCCCCACCCACCUCCCUCUGUGAGCCCGGAACUCCCUGGGUGGUGCUAAGCUCUGAGCUGGGGGCCCUGACCAGGGACAACUCUCAGGCCCCUGUCACCUGUGCUGCAUCGGUGGCAGCCCCAGGAGUGGGGCCCAGGGACCACAUCAGGGGGGGUCAGAGGAUGUACGUGGCUGGAUCAGCUCCAACCACCUUCAUUAGGACAAAGAACUUUGCCUUCAACUUGAUGCACAAACGCGCUCAGAACCGUGCAGGAGCGCGGAGCCCGCUUCCAGGCUGGCACCAUCCACUGGUCCUGUUAGCAUUUGUGCCAGCAGCCACAUCACACCGCAGGGUUCCCGGCAGCCCUGCAGACUUGCUUCUCUCACAGUGUUGUCACCAUAGCUGGGAAGUUUUAUUUAUUGCCUUAACACUUCAUUCUGAGGUUCUGCCCCUUUCCAGGUGAGAGACCUGCGGGAGGAGUAGACUCCUCUUGGUUUUUCAUGCUCUGGACUUAAGAGGACAUGGACUUCUCCCCCGAAUGGCAAAGGGGUUCCUGGGGUGGGAGAGGAGACAGGGAGGGUGAUGCUGGGUGUGUCCCAUCAUCUCUUAGCCUGGUCCCCAGGCUGGAGAACCCAUGAACACUAACACGGUCUGGCUCCCAUCCCACUUCUCCAACCUGGGCGGGAAGGACCCAAGGCGCCUGCCUCCAUCCUGACAUUCCGUUCAUUUGCACUUACCCUGCGCUGUGAAUGUAAUCUUGGGCCCGGGCUGUGGCCUAUUCUGAUUGCUCCCAAGUCACACAGAAGUGGCAUUUUUAUUUGUCUGUUUACACAUCCACACACUGCCUAUAGCACUUGAUUUGUUGCAGCUUCCAACUUUUGUAUGGUAGAGCGUGUGCGUCAACUGCAAGUCAAAUAAAUGAUGCAAGCGA